UUCUCUCUGCAUGUUGUUUUUGGAAACGUAUACUAUAUAUUACAAAAGUAUGUGGACACCCCUUCAAAUUAGUGGAUUCGGCUACUUCAGCCACACCCGUUGCUGACAGAUGUAUGAAAUCGAGCACAUGCAAUCUCCAAUCUCUGCUGUUAUUGUGAAGAGGAAACAUCUCGGAGCCGAGUGCUGAAGCGAACAACGCGUAAAAAUCGUCUGUCCUCGGUUGCAACACUCACUACCAAGUUCCAAACGGCCUCUUGAAGCAACUUCAGCACAAUAGCUGUUCACAAUAACUGUUCGUCAGGAGCUUCACGAAAUGGGUUUCCAUGGCCGAGCAGCCGCACACAAGCCUAAGAUCACCAUUGGCAAUGCCAAGCGUCGGCUAGAGUAGUGUAAAGCUCGCGCCAGUGGAAACGCUACUCUGGAGUGAUGAAUUAUGCUUCACACUCUGGCAGACCAACGGAUUAAUCUGUGUUUGGCGGAUGCCAGGAGAACUCUAACUGCCUGAAUGUAUAGUGACAACUGUAAAGUUCGGUGGAGGGGAAUAAUGGGCUGGGGCUGUUUUCAUGGUUUGGGCUAGGCCCCAAGUGUUCCAGUGAAGGGAAAUCUUAAUGUGACAGCAUAUAAUGACAUUCUAGACGAUUCUGUGCUUCCAACUUUGUGGCAACUGUUCAGGGAAGGCCCUUUCCUGUUUCAGCAUGACCAUGACCCCGUGCACAAAGCGAGGUCCAUACAGAAAUGGUUUGUCGGGAUCGGUGUGGAAGAACUUGACUGGCCUGUUCAGAGCCCUGACCUCAACCCCAUCGCACACCUUUGGGAUGAAUUCGACUGACUGCGAGCCAAGCCUAAUCGUCCAACAUCAGUGCCCGACCUCACUAAUGCUCUUGUGGCUGAAUGGAAGCAAGUCCCCGCAGCAAUGAUCCAACAUCUUUUAUUUUAUUUUUUUAACCUCUAUUUAACUAGGCAAGUCAGUUAAAGAACAAAUUCUUAUUUACAAUGAUGGCCUACCAAAAGGCAAAAGGCCUCCUGCGAGGUUGGGGGCUGGCAUUAAAAAUAAAAUAAAUAAAAUAUAAAUAUAGGAAAAAACACACAUCAUGACAAGUGGUGGGAAGCCUUCCCAGUAGAGUGGAGGCUGUUAUAGCAGCAAAGGGACCAACUCCAUAUUAAUGCCCCUGAUUUUGGAGUGAGAUGUUUUGACGUUCAGGUAUCCACAUACUUUUGGUCAUGUAGUGUGUAUAUUACAUCUUCGGCUGUUGUCAGAAAGAAGCCUAAUGCCACAUUUAUAUGCUAGUCGGGAACUAGCAGACUCGGAAAUGUCAGACUUGCUAACAGGUUGUUGUUAUACACGUGCUGCGUUCAAUCAGUUAGCAAGUCAAACAUUUCUGAGUUUCCUAGUUCCGACUAGUACAUGAACGCGGCAUAAUGGUACUUGAAACACGAAAAGUUCAAAAAUUCCGAGCUCGAGAAAGACGCGUGAGUUCCCGAGUUGGAAUUUCGGGCUGGAUGACUGUUCUAAAUAUUUUUUUUUCCCAGUUGUAGCUCGUUAAAUCCCUAGUUCUCAGUUGUCUUGAACGCGCUAAAAUCAGGCCCAUAAUCCCAAAUCGUUCGAGGGACGAGAGUCACGUAGGAGUGACGCCAUGUGACGCAAGACAAUGGCCCAAAGGGCGUUUCGUUUCCUAGGUAACAGCCGGAGCGUGCCUUGUUGCUGCACCUUCCCCUGUAGUCGGCAGCAGGGGGGCAGCCCUCCACCCAUCACACCGUUUUUUGGUGCAAACUAGCGAACACCACAUGCAUUAUUCCUGCAAAUGACAUUUUUGCAAAGUUAUACCUCUAGAAACCUUUUACUGAAAUAUUGCAUGUAAGUUUACUUCGCAGGAGCAAGCAAGACAGGGCUACGCCAAGGACAGCAGCAUCUCCUCCAAGUGCAACUACCCUACCUCAUUCUACACCACCAUGCCUGGCCAGUUCAGAACCCCCAGUGACCCUCCUGUGUCCGGCCUCCUCUCUUUCCCCUCCUCCUGGAGCUCUGGCCCCCUGCAGCCCCUACGUUUCCGAGCCCGAACUCAAUCCAUGGACUGGCGGCGCCUCUCUGCCCUGGAUGUGGAUCACGUGGCCAGGGAGAUGGACGUGGUCGUACUGCAGGAGUACAUAUCUGCUGUCACCUUCUGUGAUGUCACAGGCGAGAGGUGUCCCUACUGCCGUAGCCCUGCUGACCCGGCCCUUGUCAACCUACUACGUAUGUCCCAGCUCAGCACAGAGUACCUGCUGCACUGUCAGGACUACCUGAGCUCCCAGGUGUCUGGGCUAGAGGACCGUCUACAGGGGGUCCUCUCUAAGGCAGACCGAGAGGGAGAGGAGAGGGCCAGGCUGGACUCUGAGCUACAGGCCACUAAACAGGAGAGCAAACUCAGGAAGAAGAUGCUAGCCACACAGCAGCUUCUACUACAGGCUAGCUUCAACAACUACCACAAGUGCCAAUGCUGUGAGAAGUCCUUCACCAACUAUUCCUACUUACAAGCCCACGUACAGCGCAGGCAUCCGGAGCUGACAGACACAGAGCGGCAGAAGAAGAGGCAGGUGGAACAGAUGGAGGAUGGGAUAGAGGAGCUGAGAGAGAGGCUGAAACUGUCCCAGACUAGACUGGACGUAGAGAGGGAAGCAGAGGCCCUUAGGAAACAACAGGAGCUGGAAGAUCAGCGAAGGAAAGAGACCUCGGAGAGAGAGAAGAUGGAGAGCUGGAAAGAGGAGGAGAGGAAGAAGUUUCAUGAGGAAAUGAGGGACCUGAAGCAGCUGUUCCUGCAGGAGUUCAGAGAUAUGGCCAGCAGGAGCUCCUCCAUUGAGGCUAAACUGCAGGAGCUCCAGACCAGAGAAGAAGUGACUGUUUCUAACCUGGGCUCCUAUCAAGAGGAGGAGGAGCUGCAGCAGAGAGAAGAGGCAGAGAAGAGGAUGAUGAUGAUGAUGAAGAAGAAGAUGUCUGAGCAGAAGCGUCAGUGGUACAAACGGUUUAAAGAGAUCCAGAACAGGCACGUGUUGGAGAGAGACGAGCUUCAGAGUGAGAAUGAUAGGUUGCAGCUGGCCCUGUCUGUAGAACACAGGUCGGACCGACACAGGCUAGAACAACAGGUCGCUACCCUGUCUGCCAGGGUCAAACAGAAAGACCGGCUCAUCAGGUCUCAGGAGGAUAAGAUCAACAAGAUGUCUAGAAGACCAGUGACAGAUACUCCCAUCAAACAAACGUUCCAACACUCCAAGGAGGAGGAGGAAGAAGAGGAGGAGGAGGAGGAGGAGGAGGAGGAGGAGGAGGAGGAAGAAGAAGAGGAAGAAAAUCUGGAGGACUCUGGUGAGACCAGGAGUAGACUGUUGGAGUCCCUCCGGAGGAACCCCGCCUUGGUGAAGGAGUUCAAACCCAUACUAGAGGAAACCCUGGAGGAGAGGCUGGAGAAGAUGGGUCUCAGAAAGGGAACCAAGGGUAUAUCCAAGAAGACCUUUAAGAGCCUGAGCACGUUGGUAUCUGGUCAGCGACAUCAGAUGUCCAGACAGAAAGCAGACCUCCUGGAGCUCAGGGAGAGCCUGGCCAGAGAGCUGACGCGCAGAGUGCACGCCCUGCAGAGGAGCCAGGGGAUCACCGUACCUAAUUUACCCAGACAGGUUACCAUACCCAGUACCACCCCUCAGUCCCACAAGAAGAGGAGUCCGAGCCGGGAGAAGAGUCCAAAAAGCAGACAGACACCAGUGAAGGUGAAGGUCUCCUUGAGGAAAAAGAAGGCUCCACGACCUCAACAGACACCAAGCACUCAUAGAAAAAAGAACAGCACCCCUCCCUUCAGUUCUGAGGAUGAGACGUCAGGAGAAGACGUUCCUUCUGUCACCAGCCCUGGCAGUAGGUCUGGUGUCUCUGUCACCAGCCCUGGGAGUAGGUCUGGUGUCUCUGUCACCAGCCCUGGCAGUAGGUCUGGCCCCUCUGUGAGGGUGGUGCGGUCUGGAUCCAGCUCAAGGCAGAAGUACCCAAUGUCUGGUUCUACCCAGGGAGAGGACUGGUCUGGGACAGACACAGAACUCUCAGAAGGGCCUACAAGUCUAACAACCCACCGUGGAGCACAAAAUCAGACUGUUAAAAACCUGACCAGAAGCUUGGAGAGACAGUUGAGUUCUCCAAUGAACAAGCCAGUAGGAGGAACAAGAGUGGUGAUGCCACCAGUAGCAGCCAAGGUCUUACCCAAACCCAAACCCAGGACAGCGUUAAAACCCCUACAGUUAUCGGACGAAGAAAGCGACCUAGAACUGUCUUCCAUCGAGGAGCUCCUGUCCCUGCCGGUACGGGGCCAGUCUCAGUCCCUAGGGGGGCGAGGGAGCACCGAGGUGGGCCUGGGAGGAACCUCAGGAACCAGCGUGUGGAGCUCCUGUCCCUGCCGGUACGGGGCCAGUCUCAGUCCCUAGGGGGGCGAGGGAGCACCGAGGUGGGCCUGGGAGGAACCUCAGGAACCAGCGUGUGGAGCUCCUCAACCAGCAGAGCAGGAGGGCUUUAAUGCACUUUUCCUGGUUUUUUAAAUGUUUAAUUUAUAGUGCUAUGUAUCCUUUAUUUAUCCAGAUGAGUGCCUUUUUUGAGAUGGAAAUCUAUUUUUCAAUGGGCGUAUGUGAUAUAUGAAUUACUCUCUUCCAAGUUUUAAAACAAUUAGCAGAAGAUGCAUUCCAACGUGAAGAGGAGCUGGCGUGUAAUACCAGUUAUAAAACAAUAACAGAAUAAAAUAACCUUUCGGUUUUAUUCCAUUUUCCAGAAUCAAGCUAUACUCAGCAAAAAUAGAAACGCAACAUGUAAAGUGUUGGUCCAAUGUGUCAUGAGCUGAAAUAAAAGAUCCCAGAAAUGUUCCAUACGCGCAAUAAAAAGCAUAUUUCUCUCUCUAAAAAAAAAAGAGUGUAUUCCUAAUCUAUAGAUUAGGGUUGUAAUGAUUUGUUUUCUCAAUGUACUGAUUCCCUUAUAUGAACUGUAACUCAGUAACAGUUGGAAAAAUGUGCAUGUUGCGUUAAUAUUUUUGUUCCGUGUGUAUAUAUAUAUAGGGACUUUCUUGGUAGGACUCAAACUAUGUUGGGACUUUGAAUGGUAAUGGUAAUGGUAGUAGUGGUAAUGACUUGCUUUUUUUUUUUAUAAUCGGGAGAUAUAGUGCCUUCAGAAAGUUAUGGCAAGCCUAAAUAAGUUCAGGAGUAAAGAUGUGCUUAACAAGUCACAGAAUACGUUGCAUGGACAAUGUGUGCAAUAAUAGUGUUUAACACGAUGCAGGUUUUGGAAUAUUUGUAUUCUGUACAGGCUUCCUUCUUUUCUCUGUAAUUGUUUUAAAGUCACCGUUGGCCUCGUGGUGAAAUCCUGGAGCAGUUUCCUUCCUCUCCGGCAACUGAGUUAGGAAGGACGCCUGUAUCUUUGUAGUGACUGGGUGUAUUGAUACGCCAUCCAAAGUGUAAUUAAUAACUUCACCAUGCUCAAAAGGAUAUUCAAUGUCUGCUUUUUUAUUUUAUUUUUUACCCAUCUACUAAUAGGUGCUCUUCUUCGCGAGGCAUUGGAAAACCUCCCUGGUCUUUGUGGUUGAAUCUGUGUUUGAAAUUCCCUGCUCGACUGAGGGACCUUACAGAUGUGUGGGGGGGUACAGAGAUGAGGUAGUCGUUAAAAAAUCAUGUUCAACACUAUUAUUGCAGACAGUGAGUCCAUGCAACUUAUUAUGAGACUUGUUAAGCACAUUUUUACUCCUGAACCUAUUUAGGCUUGCCAUAACAAAGGGGUUGAAAACUUAUUGACAGUUUGAGUUCUUCAUUUUUUAAUGAAUCUGUAAAAACGUCUAAAAACAUAAUUCCACUUUGACAAUAUGGGGCGGUGUGUGUGUGUGUGUGUGUGUGUGUGUGUGUGUGUGUGUGUGUGUGUGUGUGUGUGUGUGUGUGUGUGUGUGUGUGUGUGUGUGUGUGUGUGUGUGUGUGUGUGUGUGUGUGUGUGUGUGUGUGUGUGUGUGUG